CAAGGUGUAGGGCCUACUUUGUAUCUUAUACGCACAACUAGACAGAUCAUUUUUGUUAAAUACGAAACAAGCAAUCGAAACAUUCCUUGGUUGACGCGAAGCUGAGAUGUAUGAUUUAGAUAAUAAACCACCAGAAUCACCAGCAGACCUAUCCGCGACUGGUGUGAAGCUGAGAGGUCACCCAGUGCAGAUAGUGAAGGUGGAGGAUGACCACACGUUCCAGCUUGAUGAAGAAAAACUCGAUGAAAUCCUUCUCAAUCCUAAAAUCGAGGACUACAAAGUAGUUGUGGUGUCAGUUGCUGGUGCAUUUCGCAAGGGGAAAUCUUUCCUGCUGGACUUCUUCCUACGUUAUUUGAAUGCAGAGGGUUCCACAGACUGGCUGGGGGAUGACGAUGCACCCUUAGAGGGUUUCUCUUGGAGGGGCGGAGCAGAGCGAGAGACCACAGGCAUACUGCUGUGGAGUGAGCCAUUCUUGAGCACAUUGCCUUCAGGGGAAAAGGUUGCAGUGCUGCUCAUGGAUACCCAGGGUGCCUUUGACAGUGAGUCCACAGUGAGGGACUGUGCCACAGUGUUUGCUUUGAGCACCAUGAUUAGCUCCGUUCAGGUGUAUAACCUUUCACAAAACAUACAAGAAGAUGAUCUCCAGCAUUUACAGUUGUUCACAGAGUAUGGACGGUUGGCAUUAGAGGCAAAUGACAAUGAGUCCAAGCCAUUUCAGGUUUUGGAGUUUCUGGUUAGAGACUGGAGUUAUCCAUACGAUGCUGCCUAUGGGUCCAAUGGUGGCAUUCAAAUGCUGGAGAAACGACUAAAGAUAUCAGACAAACAGCAUCCUGAGUUACAGCAGAUACGCAAGCAUAUCCGCUCUUGCUUCUGCAAGAUAGGCUGCUUUCUCAUGCCUCAUCCAGGUUUAAGAGUGGCCACAAAUCCACACUUUGAUGGCCGUUUAAAAGACAUUGAAGUGGACUUCAAAAGCCAGUUGAGAGAGCUGGUCCCCAUGUUGCUAGGCAAGGAGAACCUGAUUGUCAAGGAGAUUAACGGCUCACAGAUCACAUGCAGGGAACUGGUCGAGUACUUUAAGGCCUACAUAAAAAUCUACCAGGGGGAAGAACUGCCUGAACCCAAGUCUAUGUUACAAGCAACAGCGGAGGCCAACAAUCUGGCAGCAGUAUCUACAGCCCGCAGUCUGUACAUACAUAAAAUGGAAGAGAUAUGCGGUGGAGACAAGGCCUACAUUCAUCCCCACGAAUUAGAACAGGAGCACCUGCGAUGUGUGCAGAACGCCAUAGAGACCUUCAAAUCUACGAGAAAAAUGGGCGGCCCAGAGUUCAGUCAAUCAUACUUAGAUAAACUGCGGUCAGAGAUGACAGAACAAUUUGAGAACUUCCAAAGACAUAACGAGAGCAAGAACAUAUUUAGUGCAGCGCGGACUCCCGCCGUUUUGUUCACAGUUAUGAUAGGCUGUUAUAUGAUCAGUGGCGUGUUUAGUGUGAUAGGACUCGAGUCGAUUGCAAACAUUUUCAACUUCACAAUGAUCCUGUUCUUGAUUCUGAUGUCUGCAUGGUUCUAUAUUCAGUACUCUGGAGAGUAUCGACAGCUGGCCAUUCAGAUAGACCAGAUUGCAACCUAUGUGUGGGACUUGGCUUUAGCCCCUCUAUAUGCCCAGUUAAUGCAGCAGGGUGCACAGCUGGCUGUCCGACAAGUUACACAGCGCCCCAAGAGAGAUUAAGUUUGGCAAUAAAACAGCGAAUAUCAUUAAAUGGCUAUGUCACGUUGAACUUGCAUUAUAACUUACACAAGGACACAGGGAACAUCACAUUAUGUCUGUCAGUGUUCUGUUUUAUGCUAUUAAUAGAAUUUAAUGUUCAUGGUCCUGGGUUAAGUCAAAAAAUAAAUGUUCAUUUUUUUUUUCGUAUAUAAAAACAAACAUGUACCUGUUUUUUCAUAACUUGUUUAUUUUGAGAAUUACAUUACCAAAAACACAAAAAGAAAACUUAAUACAUGUACUAAUGAAGUGAUUUUACAAAUUUUUAAGCAGAUUGUAGAAGUACAAAUAGUUUGAUUAAAGCAGGUUGUGUUUGAACUUGUUCUUGAGCCGUUUGCUAUUCUAAAUUGUAUAGUAUAACCUGAGAUUAUAUAUAUAUAUAUAUUUGAAGAAGGCAGCAUAUAGCUGUCGCACUGUCUGUCCGUUUGUCUGACUGUCUGUGUUAAGUUUCCUGUCUUAGCCAUGAACAAUUGAUAAUGAUCAACUUGGCACAAAUAUAUACAAUCAUAAGACUAUGUUGUUUGUGUUACACUGGUCUCCUUACCUCAAAUGUCAAGGUCACUGUUAGAGGUCAUAAAACAGCUUGAAGAUUUCCGUCUCCGCCCUGAGUUUGCCAUAUAUUGAUGGAGUUUAACUUAAUUUGGCACAAAUGCCAUUCAUCAUUAGACGACUUCUAAUGUCAAGGUGAACUGUUCAGAGUCAAUUUUGGCCAUUAUACAGCUGGUCUCGACUGUAGUUUUUUCAUUCAUCAUGUUAUUUUAAAAUAACUUCCCAUUAAUGCCCACUUUGAGGAGACGGCAUAUCGUGUGUAACACCUGUCUUUACCUAAAGAGGUCAAGGUCACACUAAGAGGUUGAACGUCAAAUGUUGCUAUAAAUCAGCUUGUGAGGGCUGUUACUUUGUCAUUCAGCAUGCAGUUUAAAAAGAACAUGAAACAAAUGACUACCACUAGGGGACUGCUACAUGUAUCACCUGUCUCAUUACCACAGAAAUCAAGGUCACUCUUUAUUAAUGACACUAAAGAAGUUAUAUAAUUUAAGUCAAAUUAUCUGUUUCAAUAAAUGAAUGACAAUGGAUACAUUAUAAGUAUAUAAAUGUUAUUAAUCGGUAAAGAUAAAGAUAAUGUUGCUAAAUAGAGUUAUUGUAAUAUUGUUAUAUAUUUUGUGUUUCAUUUUUGGUGUUUGAACAUUGUUAUAUGUGUUAUAUUGUGCAUUUCAUAUUUGGUGCAUAUGUUUGUAUUUAUAAAUAUUCAUUUUUUUGUUUUCAAAUAUAUUUAUAAGUUAGAGCUAUUUCUUAAGAUACUUCUUAAUAAGUGAAUAAAAGUGCUAUGAGUUAUUGUUAAAUAAAAUAUAAACAUUGUUUUUCCAGAAAUAUAUUGAAUAAUAUAUUUUUAAAGCCAUACUUUUUUACCAGGAGAUUAUGAUGAUAUAUGCUUGUAGUUGUAAUCAGAGCUCCAGAUAAGGGUCGUAUUUUCGUAAUUAAGAAUUAUUUUUAAGUCCGUUACGUAUUUAUUUUUCAAUCUGGUCGUUCCAUUAAGAAUAACAAAAUCAAGUUACGAAUAUUAUUUUUACAUCAAAUUUGUAUCGAUUUAUAUUGAGUUCUUUUCGCGUAUAAAAGAUCUGUUCGGUACUUAUAUAGAAUGGUUAUCGGGUUUGUUUAACAAAGCGCAUUUUUUCCAAUAAAAGCGGGGUGUACAGUC